AUGCAUCUGACCGACUCUACCUAUAUUUGGGCGGAAAGCAAGAACUUCACGAUGGUGGCGGGGUUCGAGCAAGCGUUUCAGGAUCGCUUCGUUUGGGAGUCCACGGCGACCGUGAUGCAUAAGCUGACGACUUUGAAGCAGAAAAAGGGGCAAACGGUGACGGAGUUGGCGGAUGAGGUGAGGCAAUUGGCCUCCUACGUGAAAGACUACCCGGUCGCCAUGAUGGUGAGAGCUUUCAUUGAGAGAUUGGAGGACCCGGGAUUGAGGGAGAAAGUGUUGGGGGGGAGGCCGUUAUCAUUGGAGGCCGCGGAGGAAGCCGCUAAGUACUUUGUGACCUACGCGCAGCCAAAGGAGAAAGAAAAGGAGGAGAAGAAGGUAGAGGAGAAGAGGGAGUCGGAUGUGGAUAAGAUCACGAAGCAGUUGGAGAGGUUGACCAUGCAGCUGACUCAAAUGCAGCAGGGUAGGGGAGCAGGUAUCCUACCUAGGCCGGGAGGAGGAGCUGGAGGAGGAGGAUUUAAGUGCUAUCAGUGUGGGAAGGAGGGGCACAUGGCUAGGGAGUGCCCUAACAAGGGAAGGGCAGCCAUGAACGUGAUGCAGCAGAUUAUGGAGAAGUCAAAGCCGAGCAUGACCAUAGCGGAAUUCUUGAAUGGAGAAGAGGGUGGAGUGGAGAUGUUGGUGGGGGAAAGGAAGCGGAUAGCCAUUAGGGAUCCAGAAGGAUGGGGGAUCGAUGAGGCAAGGGAGGAGUUAAGGAAGAAGUUAGCGGAUGUUGGAGAGGAGAGGAGGCAAGGGGGUCAAGGUUUGAACAUCUACGAGGAGGAUGAGGAGCGCAUCAAGGUGUGGAUGGAGGAGCAGGACUUCCUAAAGUGGAUGGAGGAGAGGAGGAUAGUCAUAGUAGAGGAGGAAGGGAGAUUGGAGUUGAAUGCGGAGGAAGAGGAUGAGUAUUACCUAUGGCUAAGGGAGCAAGAGGAGGAAGGGAGUAAGGAGGAGGCAUCAAGUGAGGAGGAUUCCGAGGAGGGAGACGGGGAGGAAGCAGAGGAAAAGGAGGAUAAGGAGGUUGGAGGAGAGGAGGAGGAGACUUGGAGGUAUAACUUUGGGAGCCCAACGGCGGAUGAGAUAGGGGCUUGGGAUACGAUAGGCACGGGGAUUGGUUGGGACAAGAAGUAUGAUGAGAUGGUGGAGAAGUAUGUGGGAGAGGAGAACGAGGCCAAGUGGGAAGGAGAUUCCAUGGUGGACGGAGAGGAGUAUCGGAACCACAAAUGGGAGGAGGGGGAGCUGGUUUAUGAUAAGAGGAGGAAGCUGAUUAGUACGGACCAUCUCUUCGAGAUGUAUAACUACCCGGCAGCCGAGAAGUGGAACUACGUGGCAGCCGAGAGUGGGGACGAGGGGAGGAUCAUCCUAGGGAGUUACUACACCCUCAAAAAAGAGGCGCCUAGGGUAGCAUGCCCCGCGUUUGAGGAUCUGUUUGUUUCCUUGAACCACGAGUUAGGGGAGCAGCAGCAGAAGGAGGUGCGGACGCUUUUGGUGGAGUAUAGGGACAUCUUCUCCACUGAGAAGGAGACGAUAUGCACCCAUCCCACCAUCCGCCACCACAUUGCCACGGGGAACACCAAACCGAUAGCCCACAAGCCAUACCGAGUCUCACCUUCCGAGCGCGCUAGAAUCGAGGAGGAGGUCCAAACCUUGCUCAAGCAACGAGUCAUUCGCCCUUCGAACAGCCCAUGCGCAGCCCCCGCAGGCCCCUCUACAUCCCGUAGCGCCCCCCCCCCUCCCCCCCUCGCGGACACUCCUGUCGGGACCUAG